AUGGCAUCCCCUCGCAGUGCGGCCAACCCGUACAAAGUCUUCAUCGCCGGAGGUUGCUAUUCAGGCUUGGCAGCAGCGAUUAACCUACUGGAGAAGUGUGACAGUACACCUGAUGGCCCCAUCUCAGUCCAAGUCACGAUAGUGGACGAGCGCGAUGGCUUCUUCCACGUUAUUGGCUCACCACUUGCCCUGUCCGAUAAAGCCUAUGCCGAGAAGGCGUGGGUUGGGUUCAAAGAUGUCAAGAUACUUCAGAGACCCGAUGUCAGGAUUGUCCACGGCACCGUGAGCAAGGUCGAUUGCAAGACGAAGACGGCCACCAUUGUCGAAUCAAGUACCCAGACCGAGAGCACAGAAAACUACGACUUCUUCAUUGCCGCGACAGGUCUGCGACGAGCGUGGCCUGUCGUGCCGCAGUCGCUGAACCGGAAGGCAUACUUGGAGGAAGCAGGGCAACACAUCGACGCGGUGACGAACAGCACCGACCCUGUUCUCGUCGUGGGUGGAGGUGCUGUUGGUAUCGAGAUGGCAGCCGAGCUUAAGGUUUUCCAACCUCAAGUCAAGGUGACACUCGCACACUCCCGAGACAAGCUCCUCUCAGCCGAACCGUUACCGGACAAUGUAAAGGAGUGCGCAAUUAACCUCGUCCGCGACGCUGGCGUCGAAGUUCUUAUGAGCCACCGCCUCGUCAGCAGCACCCCCAUCAAGAACGAACACGGCGCCGACGCAUUCGACGUCGUCUUCCAAAACGGACACAAGAUGGUGGCCAGCGUAGUGAUCAUGGCCAUCUCCAAGAGUGUGCCGUCCACCGAUUACCUACCAAAGGAAGCUCUGAACGAGGAGGCACUGGUGAACAUCAAGCCCUCGAUGCAGCUCAAGUCCGAUACUAUCCCCAACGCCGAGACCCAUUUCGCCAUCGGCGACUUGAUGAACUGGUCGGGCAUCAAGCGAUGCGGUGGUGCUAUGCACGAGGGCAAGCUAGCCGCCCUUAACAUCCACCAGUUGAUGCUGAGAGACAUCUCGGGCAAGCAGCCUGAGUUCAAGGAGUUGGAAGAGAUCCCGCCGAUGAUCGGUCUGGCGGUGGGCAAGGUUGCUCUCUCGUACGGUCCAACAGAAGGUAUGAAGCACGGCAAAGACGUUAUGCGGGUCUUCUUCGAGGGGACUUAG